CUUAGUAACGGCUGUUUACCUCCUUCUCCGACAGCUAAAGUUACAACCGUCAACUUCCACUGCAAGAAACUGUCAGAAAUUCAGAGAACAGGACCGCAGACUUAAAGCAGAUAAUUAUCUUGUGCAACAGCAGGUGUCCGUGACGGUCUGCUUCUACUAGCUACAGUUCUGACACAGAUCACCUGUGGAGCAGCUGGAAAUGAAAGGCACUGAGACGUUAAAGACCUCAGGCUCAAAAGGAACAGGGGGACCAACAAAUGCUCACGCACCAGCUGAACCGCUCCUCAUCUAUAAAGCUAAAGAGGACAAAGAACAGACUGAGAAUGUGAAGUGUGAAGACCUUAAGGCUCCGGUGGAGCUUUUAAUGAAGUUCCUCAGAGCUCUGAAGGACAAUUACUACCAGCUGGCUGUUAAACUCUGUCACAUGAUUCUCCUCUACGAGCCAGACAAUCCUGAGGCCUCAGAGUUCCUCCCAUUGAUCCAGAAGAAGCUGCGGGAAGAGCAACACGCAGAGAAAAGCAACGAGGAAGAAAGUGAUGAGGAUGAUGAUGAUGACAUUGAUUCUGGAAGUGAUGAGGACCCCUCUCGUAGCUCAUCUUGCUCCUCUUCAUCAGCCUCAGAUGAUGAUGAUCACGUUUUCACUGUGGAUGAGAGCUGUAACGUGACCCAAACAAAAAGACUGAUUCUGGAGUCCAUCUGGUCCACUAUCCAGUCUUUUGUUAUGGUGGCAAUUAAAUUAGCACAAAUAAAAUGUUAGCCUAUGUAAACUCAUAA